AUGGCGUCUCAGGCAAUCCUGGACUGGCAGUUAGACGAGGACAGGUUCGUGGGUCUUCUAGAAAAGCUGAUCAACGAGGCGCGAUACCUUCAGAACAACCCCCCCGAGUGCGUGCCCAAGGAGGACCGCGCAGUGCGACACGUCCUCGACGUGCUACAGCCCUACAGUGAGGAGGAGGGCGGGCCGCUGCACAUCCAGCAUGUGAGCUACGUGGAGGGGCGGGGGAACCUCAUCAUCACGUACAAGGGCUCGCACCCCUCUAACGUCCUCUCCUUUGUGGGCUGCCACAUGGAUGUCGUCACCGCCAACCCUGAUGACUGGGACUUCGACCCCUUCACCUUUUCUCGGGAUGGAGACAAGCUGAGGGGCAGGGGCACCACGGACUGCCUGGGCCACGUGGCGCUCGUCACGGAGCUCAUGCGCCAGCUGGCAGUGUGCCGCCCGGAGCUGGGCGCUACAGUGGUGGCGGUGCUGAUAGCCAAUGAGGAGAAUGCAACGGUGAAGGACAUUGGAGUGGAUGGGCUCGUGAAGGCGGGACUGCUGGACCACCUCAGGAAUGGACCACUCUUCUGGGUGGACACAGCGGACAAGCAGCCGUGCAUUGGCACGGGGGGCAUGCUGGCAUGGAAGCUCAAGGCGUUCGGGAAGCUCUUUCACUCGGGCCUGCCGCACAAGGCCAUCAACCCCAUAGAGCUGGCCAUGACAGCACUGGCGGAGAUUCAGACCCGCUUCUACCGUGACUUUCCUCCUCACGAGAUGGAGAAGACGUAUGGGUUCGCCACACCAUCCACCAUGAAGCCCACUCAGUGGUCGUAUCCGGGCGGCAGUGUGAAUCAGAUCCCAGGGGAGUGCACGGUAGCAGGGGAUUGCAGGAUAACGCCAUUUUAUGAGCUUGAGCUGGAGAUAGCAGAGGGGCCGAUGAAGGGUGUGGCCUGUAACCUGGACUCGCCUGGUUACCACGCGCUGGUAACCGCCACAAAGGAGGUGAUGGGCGAGUGCAAGCCGUACUCCAUCACGGGAUCCCUGCCGUUGAUUCGCGAUCUGCAGGAGGCAGGAUUCGAUGUGCAGACCAUGGGAUAUGGUGUCAUGGCCACUUAUCAUGCACGAAACGAGUAUGCGCUACUAUCCGACUUCAAGCUCGGCUAUCGCGUCCUUACCAACCUCAUACAUAACCUCUCGUAA